AUGACGUCACAUCCUCAUUGGGAAGCACAGGGAGGCUACACCUCAGCUCAGGUAAAGGUGUGGCACUGUGUUGUAAUACGCGGAAGGUUUCUGCUGCUGCCUACUGUGUUGAGUGGUAGCUAAACUUCAGGUAAGAAUCAUUACAAUACAUUUAUUUUUGCGAGAUUGUUUUGUCUUAUGAAUAGGAUAUACUGUAGACGGAUGUUGUGUAUUGACGUGCGUUAGGAGUGAUUUCAUGCACUGUUUUAUGAAAAUGUGAUGUGAUUGAUCUUGCCUAUACCUGACACUGAGAUCGACUCGACUGCUGAAUACGGUUUUUGAUCUGCAAUCCUUUUGACAUUGCUCUGAUGAAUUCUAUUGUAUUCUAUUCUAUUGUAUUUUAUUGUAUUCUAUUGUAUUUUAUUGUAUUCUUGUCAAGGGCUGAUGUAAUGUGGUGUGGGAGUCAGGCGCAGGACACCGAAGCUUAGUCCAACAGUCUUUACUAGUGAAACACUAGGCAAAAUACAAUAACGGCCUCAACACAAAACAGAGGCGAGCGAUUACGCAAACUGUGCGGAAAACAACAAACAUAGAGAAACACGCAGCACUAACGGACAGGCGUAACAAUAACACACAAACUAACCAACACAAAGCAGGCAACUUAUAGGACACAUAAUCAGACACAAACGGACACAGGUGCAAUAGACAGACAAAACCAAUCUAACAUCGAAACAUCUAACGGUGGUAGCUAGUACUCCGGGGACGGCGAACGCCGAAGCCUGCCCGAGCAAGGAGGAGGAGCAGCCUCGGCAGAAUCCGUGACAAUUCUAUUGUAUUCUAUUGUAUUUUAUUGUAUUCUAUUGUAUUCUAUUGUAUUUUAUUGUAUUCUAUUGUAUUUUUUUUUAUCUCAUUCACUUUUGGUGCUUUAGGCUACUGUGCUCUAUCACUUUUUAAAACAGUAAUAUGGUAAGAGAAGUGGCCUAUUUCAUAAGAAUGUUCUUAUCUCACCAGACACGGAGAUCACCGGUCCAUAUCACCAUUGAAAUGGCAAAUGCAUGGGUAAGAUCACUAGUGGUGUAUGAUGCAUGCGUUGAUAAUAAAAUAGGCAAUUCACAUGAAUACCUUCGGAUAACUUUUAAGAUAACUUUGCGUAAAGCAUAAAACAAACAUCUUCUACACUGUACAAAACAUUAAGAACACCUGCUCUUUCAUUUACAUUUACAAUUACGUCAUUUAGCAGACGCUCUUAUCCAGAGUGACUUACAAAUAGGUGCAUUCACCUUAUAGCCAGUGGGACAACCACUUUACAAUGAAUUUUUUAUUUUUUAUUUUUUAUUUUUUUUUGGGGGGGGGGGUGUGGGUUGGAGUAAAGGGGGGGGGUUAGAAGGAUUACUUUAUCCUAUCCCAGGUAUUCCUUAAAGAGGUAUUGACAUACACUGACCAGGUGAAUCCAGGUGAAAGCUAUGAUCCCUUAUCGAUGUCACUUGUUAAAUCCACUUAGAUCAGUGUAGCUGAAGGGGAGGAGACAGGUUAAAGACGGGGUUUUAAGCCUUGAGACAAUUGAGACUUGGAUUGCUGGUUCUAAUCCCCGAGCCGACUAGGUGAAAAAUCUGUCGAUGUGCCCUUGAGCAAGGCACUUAACCCUAAUUGCUCCUGUAAGUCGCUCUGGAUAAGAGCGUCUGCUAAAUGACCAAAAAAAAAAAAAGAUUGAAGUGCCUUUGAACGGGGUAUGUUAGUAGGUGCCAGGUGCACUGGUUUGAGUGUGUCAGGAAUUGCAAUGCUGCUGGGUUUUUCACGCUCAACAGUUUCCCGUGUGUAUUAUGAAUGGUCCACCACCCAAAGGACAUCUAUCUAACUUGACACAACUGUGGGAAGCAUUGGAGUCAACAUGGGCCGGCAUCCCUGUGGAACACUUUCCACACCUUGUAGAGUCCAUGCCCCGACGAAUUGAGGCUGUCCUGAGGGCAAAAAUGAUAUUUUUUUCAAUAUUAGGAAGGUGUUCCUAAUGUUUUGUACACUCUGUGUAUAUUUACAAUGUGCAAAUAGACAGUAGUCGAGGGCUAGGCCACCUCAGUUUUGAUAAGCAUAAAACCCCUUUAGCGAACAAUAGCACAAACUUGUGACUCACUGGCUGUGUGUCUGUAUCUCUGCCCGCUUCUGUACUAUUGAAUGACCUGGAAGGUCUCAUGGACUCCCCAACCUAAUGCAACAUUUACCUGUUCUCACAUUGAUAGAAGUUGAGUGUCACUGUUUUCAUUUGUGAAAUAUGAAUAUAUAAGCUGGUUUAUUUUGUGUGCAGACCGGGGAGAGAGGGAGCAUCAAGCCCAAGGCAGAUUUCAACGCAAAGGAUGACGCUGUGGCUCUCAGCAAGGCCAUGAAGGGACUAGGUAACGAAUACUGGCCUUUCUAGAACAGACCUGGGUUCAAAUACUGGCCCCUUCUAGAACAGACCUGGGUUCAAAUACUGGCCUCUUCUAGAACAGACCUGGGUUCAAAUACUGGCCUCUUCUAGAACAGACCUGGGUUAAUAUACUGGCCCCUUCUAGAACAGACCUGGGUUCAAAUACUGGCCCCUUUUAGAACAGACCUGGGUUCAAAUACUGCCCCCUUCUAGAACAGACCUGGGUUCAAAUACUGGCCCCUUCUAGAACAGACCUGGGUUCAAAUACUGGCCUCUUCUAGAACAGACCUGGGUUCCAAUACCGGCCUGUUUUAGAUCUCUCAAAUACUGGCCUGUUUUAGAUCUCUCAAAUACUGGCCUUGUUUUAGAUCUCUCAAAUACUGGCCUUGUUUUAGAUAUCUCAAAUACUGGCCUGUUUUAGAUCUCUCAAAUACUGUCCUUGAUUUAGAUCUCUCAAAUACUGGCUUGUUUUAGAUCUCUCAAAUACUGGCCUGUUUUAGAUCUCUCAAAUACUGGCCUUGUUUUAGAUCUCUCAAAUACUGGCCUGUUUUAGAUCUCUCAAAUACUGGCCUUGUUUUAGAUCUCUCAAAUACUUGCCUGUUUUAGAUCUCUCAAAUACUGGCCUGUUUUAGAUCUCUCAAAUACUGGCCUGUUUUAGAUUUCUCAAAUACUGGCCUGUUUUAGCUCUCUCAAAUACUGGCCUUGUUUUAGAUCUCUCAAAUACUUGCCUUGUUUUAGAUCUCUCAAAUACUUGCCUGUUUUAGAUCUCUCAAAUACUGGCCUGUUUUAGAUCUCUCAAAUACUGGCCUUGUUUUAGAUCUCUCAAAUACUGGCCUUGUUUUAGAUCUCUCAAAUACUGGCCUUGUUUUAGAUCUCUCAAAUACUGGCCUUGUUUUAGAUCUCUCAUUUGCUUCAGCCUGCUUGGAGUGCCAGGUGGGAUUAUUCUAUUGGUUCCAGUGCAACAGGCAAGCUCGCUCAAGCACAUUUAAAGUAUUUUAAAUGAAAUCAAAUAGUUCUUAUAGAGACAAUCCCUAAUCCUUUCUGGUGCGUGUGUGGAUCAGUUCUGUUGUAUAGCCAACCAGCCUUGUUGGAUUUGUCUGCAGGUACAAACGAGAAGACCUUAAUAGAUGUUCUAACUCAGAGGAGUAGUAGUCAACGUCAGCUCAUCUGUAAAGCUUACCAAGAAGCAACCGGCAAGGUAAGAACUCAACACUUUCUACCAGGGUCACAACUCUCUUUCUCCCUCUCCUUAUGUCUCUCUCUCUCUCUUUCUUUCUUUCUGUGUGUGUAUGUGUGAUCACUUGUCUACCUGUCUUCCUGUAGACUCUGGUGGAGGACUUAGAAGGGGACACCCAUGGUCACUUUGAGGACCUGCUGGUUGCGCUGGCCACGCCCCCUGCCGUCUAUGACAGCCAGGAAGUCGCCAAGGCCAUUAAGGUGAGCUAGCUUUAGAACGUCCUUUUUCUUGCCUCCCUAAACAAAUAAUUUCUUAAUUUAACUUCAUUUGUACUCAACACUAACACCAGAAUAAUGUGUUGCAGGGAAUUGGGACUAAAGACAGUGUCUUGAUAGAAAUCUUCGCCUCAAGAUCCAACAAACAAAUUAAAGAGCUGUCUGAUGCCUAUUUAAAACGUAAGAAUUGAUCAUAACCAAUCAGUAUAAUCAUUGCUAGGAUCAGUUGUGUGUUUCAACCAAUCAAUUCAAUGACACAGUACCUAGACAGAGAUGACAUCAUCAGAUGAUGUUAAGAUUAUUUGAUAGUUGACCUGGAGACACGUUUACAUUGCAACAGAUUUUCUUUCAUAGAAACUGAGAGGAAGUUGACCUUGGACCUGAAGAAGGAGAUUUCGGGAGAAUUUGCUGAAGCUAUUCUCAUUCUGGCCGAGGUAUUGUGAGCCAAUCAAAACAUAGGAUCUGUAGUUGCUGUUGUCGUCCAUAGAAUGGGCCUAUAAAUCUCUCAAUGUGAUUUGUCUUUAAUCUAAGGGCAAGCGGGAUGAGAACACCCUUGUGGAUGCAGCCAAGGCCAAAGAGGAUGCCAAGGUGCUGUGUGUUGAUGUUUCUCAGAUGUUAUGACACAGUUAUUAGGGUGCAUUAAUAACAACAUUUAUAUAAAAAAAAUACAUUUAUAAUACCAUUUAUAACAACAUUUAUAAUAACAUUUAUAACAACAUUUUCAUCUCUGUGAAACACAUCUAAAAUAUAUAUUUAUUUAUUCCCUUCCUUCAGACUCUUUACAACGCGGGGGAGAAGAAGUGGGGGACAGACGAGUCCAAGUUCAUCAACAUCCUGUGUCAGAGAAGCAUACCUCAACUCAGACAAAGUAAAGAUAACUGACCUUGGGCACAACAUUGUUGUUUUUGCUAGAAGCCUUAUAUCUGACCUGUGAUGUCAUGUUGUUGUGUAGCUCUGGUGGAAUACAAGACCGUCAGUGGGAAGAGUCUGCAGGAGAUCAUCGAGGGAGAGAUGUCUGGGGAUCUAGAGGAGCUACUUGUGGCCAUUGGUAAACGACUGCUCCAUCAUACCUGUGUUAUAAUGUGUUUUCUUGUGCCAUGCUUGUACUGAUCAUGUUUUUCUGUUAAGCAAAAAACUACAAUGACUAUUUGCAUAAAUUGGCCUCCUACUUUUAUCAUCACAUAUAUAACCACCACCAGUAACCCUAACCCUAACCCUAACCCAUAUAUAACCACCACCAGUAACCCUAACCCUAACCCUAACCCAUAUAUAACCACCACCAGUAACCCUAACCCUAACCCUAACCCAUAUAUAACCACCACCAGUAACCCUAACCCUAACCCAUAUAUAACCACCACCAGUAACCCUAACCCUAACCCUAACCCAUAUAUAACCACCAGUAACCCUAACCCUAACCCUAACCCAUAUAUAACCACCACCAGUAACCCUAACCCUAACCCUAACCCAUAUAUAACCACCACCAGUAACCCUAACCCUAACCCUAACCCUAACCCAUAUAUAACCACCACCAGUAACCCUAACCCUAACCCUAACCCAUAUAUAACCACCACCAGUAACCCUAACCCUAACCCUAACCCUAACCCAUAUAUAACCCACCACCAGUAACCCUAACCCUAACCCUAACCCAUAUAUAACCACCACCAGUAACCCUAACCCUAACCCAUAUAUAACCACCACCAGUAACCCUAACCCUAACCCUAACCCUAACCCAUAUAUAACCACCACCAGUAACCCUAACCCUAACCCUAACCCAUAUAUAACCACCACCAGUAACCCUAACCCUAACCCUAACCCAUAUAUAACCACCACCAGUAACCCUAACCCUAACCCUAACCCAUAUAUAACCACCACCAGUAACCCUAACCCUAACCCUAACCCUAACCCAUAAAUAACCAGCACCAGUUAUGAUGCUGUUUCUCUCCUCUAGUGAAAUGUGUGAAGAAUGUCCCAGCAUACCUAGCUGAACGCCUGCAUCAAAGCAUGAAGGUACGGACAGUAUAUUUUUAUGUUGAAUACAAUGAGCACAUUGUUGUGUGAUAGUCGCUGUAUGUUAGGAAAUGGUUAUGAUUCCAUAGUAGAGUUUCAGUGGGUGUGUCCCCCAGGGCGGAGGAACGGAUGAGUGCACCCUAAACCGUAUCAUGGUCAGCCGGUCAGAGAUAGACAUGCUGGACAUCAGAGCAGAGUUCAAGAAGCUUUAUAGCUAUUCCCUGCACUCUGCCAUCGAGGUAAGACUACACCCCCAAACCCUCACCCUAACCCUCAACCUAACCCUAACCCUAACCCUAACCCUCACACCCUCAACCCGCCCUCACCCUCAAACCGAACCCUCACCCUCACCGCUCCCUCACCACCUCACCCUCCAACCAGAACCUGAACCCUAACACUUACCCUAACCCUAACCUGACAACCCUAACUUCACCCUAACCAAACCUCAGACCAACCGUCACCAAACUCUCAACCCACCCAACCCUCACCCAACCUCAACCUCACCCUCACCCUAACCCUACCCGCACCCGAACCCUAACCUCACCCAAACCUCACCCUAACCCUCAACCGAACCCCCACCCUCACCCUAAAACCCCACCCCAACCCUAACCCUCACCCUCACCCAACCUCAACCCAACCCACCUCACCCUCAACCCAACCCCACCCACCACCGAACCCUAACCUCACCCUCAACCUACCAACCCUCACCCUAACCACAACCCCAACCACAACCCUCACCCUAACACCUACCCGAACCACAAACCCGACACCACCACUACCCUAACCACACACAACCUCAACCCGCACAACACCCAACCAACUAACACAACCCUAACCUCACCCGUAACCCUAACACCCUACCCAAACCCACCACCCUAACCCGUCACCCGAACUCACUAACCCAUACACCCUCACCAUCACCUACCCUCUCACCCAACCAACCCUAACCCUACACCCUAACACCUACCCUAACCCAACCACCUACACCUACCUCACCCUAACCCUAACCCUCAACCACUCACCGAACUUAACAAACCCAACCACCAGUACACCAACUAACCCUCACCCUAACCUUCAACCCUAACCCUAACACCUAACGCCUACCUAACCUUCACAACCCUGAAGCCCCAUAACGAACCCUCACCCUAACCGUCACCCUAACCCUACCCUAACCCUACCCUAACCCUCACCCUACCCUAACCCUAACCCUCACCCAACCUUCACCCUAACCCUAACCCUCAACCCUAACCCUAACCUAAUACCCUUACCCUAAACCCUACCCUACCCUCACCUAACCCUACCCACCCUAACCUCACCCUCACCCUCACCCUACCAUAACCCUCACCCUCACCCUACCACACUCACAUAGUCUCUUCAGGCAUUGUUCCCAUCAUGCUUUUCUGCUUCACUUGGCACAGAUAGAUAUAAGGGCUUUACACACUACUGAGCCGAACCGAGUCAAGGCAAACCAAACUGUACUGAGCUGGCCUGGUUACGCAUCCACCAUAGACGCUUGAACCGUUCUGAAAAGGACAAUGUAAAAAGGAAAUACCCAAGCCAGCACAGUUUGGUUCGGAUUGGCUCAGCACGAGAGUGUGAAAGGGGCAUUAGAUAACUCACCGGUACCAUGGUCAGAGUUGGAGGUCAAAUUUAAAUUGAGCUUGUCCUCAACUCUGCUACCUCUCAUGUAUCUACAGUAUUUCUCCUGUGAGGUCCAAGUCCUGACAUGCUCAGCCAUGGACAGGCAUUGUACUCUAUUAAAUGAAAGGGUGUCUACACUGAUAGUUCUCUCAAUGGUCAACUGUAAUAUGGAUAAAAAAUCUACUUGCUACAACUAUGAUAUGUUGUUGUCUCACCUAGCUAUCUUAAAGGGAUACUUUGGGAUUUUGACAAUGAAGCCCUGCUAGCAGAUAACCAUAGACUUCCAGACAUUGCGCUAACGCUAGUUAGCAUUGGCUCAUGAAACUACCUCUAACUUCCUUCAUACUGAACAUAGAGACAUAAAAAUUGUAUCCACUAGUUGGUCUGACUCUGUGGGGAAGUAUAUAAAGGGCCUCAUUGCCAACAUCCCAAAGUAUCCCUUUAAGAUGAAUGAAUGCACUAAUUGUAAGUCGCUCUGGAUAAGAGCGUAUGCUAAAUGUCUAAAAUGUAAAGAUGUGUGCACACCUUUUCCUGUCAUAGAAUACAAUUAAUCCUACUGCAUAUGAACUAUUAUCUCUCUCUAUAUAUUUGGUUGGAGCUUUGUGUGCUUGUCCUCACUGGUGUGUGACAGAACGGUGGUGUUGUGAUCUUCUGUCUGUAGUCGGAUACUUCUGACUGCCAUGGGGACUGUCUCAAGCAGAUCUGUGGAGGGGACGAUUAAGAAUGUAACACAAUGGAGGGGACGACUAAGACAGUAACACCACACUGCAGGCAGAAGAUACCUGUGUAUCAUACUGCUACUGUUACUGUUACUGUUACUGCUACUGCUACUGC